AUGCAUUGGAUCCAGUGCAUCCCUUUGGGUUCUAACUACGUUUAUCCUUUUUUGAGCGGUAGUUGUGGCUAUGUGUACAAACUCUUUUCACAAUUUCAGGUUAACAGCACCAUGCAGAUUAUGGAAGGUGAUGUGAUAAAAUUUGGUCAUAUGAAUGGAGCUGCGGUUCGUCCUGGACAAACUGCCCCACAGGCCAAUGCGGAAUUUGCCUUUAUGGUGGAACGAGCAAAUCCUAGCUACGACUAUAUAGGCUUCGUGGAUGGACGUCGUGUACGACCCGUAACUUGCUCUGGUGAUACGGAAUACUGCACAGAAAUUGAAGGGCGUACCAUUGAACAUGGAGAUGUAGCUCGACCCACGGUGAUGCAGUCCGCAAAAGUACCCCCAGUGCAGAAUGCAUCUCAAAACUUAACCGCGCCUAGCACUACUGCUAGCGUGUCAUCGACGGCUGGAGCCAAUCCUAUGGCUGGACUUAUGUGGCCCGGUACCCUUGGUUACAAUCAGUCUUUGCCAGGAUUCGCUUACAGCGGUUUUCCCAUGAAUCCAGCUUACUUACAGCCACCACAGUGGGCUCAACAUCUGCAAGUUUUACAACAACAAGCGCAACAGUCUGGAUUUCGUGUUCCCGAUGUUUUUGGUGCUACUGCAUGUAUGAGCUCUUCAAACGGUCCCCCAUCAACGUCGGCUUCUCUUUUCCCACUCACACAGCGAGGAUUCUCACUGCAGAGUAACCCCUUGGUGAAUUCUCUCUUGACCACAGCGGCUACACCUGCCGCCAACCAGCAGGCUAAUCAACAACAAAUACAACAUCAACAACAUGUAGCACAACAGCAAACACAACAAAAUUUAAUGCAAGAUGAUAAAACUAGCACAACGGCGCACAUCGUGCAAGGGAAAGAAGCAGAGCUGUCACCUGGUGUAUCGGAGCCAGUUUCGGCAUCCACAUCCGCAACAAAUCAAGCUGUUAAUCCUACUCCAACGGUGAAAGUUCCUGUGGCUUCACCACCAAUGGAAUGUGAUAGUUCGGUUCCGAGUCCGCCGAAGACGAGUGCUGCUACUCCAGUUUCGACUGCCCCACCUGUUUCGCAAACAGCACGAUCAGUAGCGUCACCGUUAAGGAAGGAAGAGGAUGUGCGUUCGGAACGUAGUUUCGUGGAAUCUCCUCAACCUCCACGUGCACCAGCUCCUGCACCGUGGGAUAGUACGCCUUCUCCUCGUCCACGUGAUUAUUCACCAGAUCGUGAAAGUACUGCAACACGAGAUACCGAAAAAGAUCGCGAUUAUGAGAAAGAAAAGGAACAACGUGAAGCUGAACGAGAAAAAGAGGAGGUUAAAGAGCCGAAAAAGAAACCUACGAAAGAAGUCCGAGCUGCAGUUUCUAACCAAUCGCGCCCAAGAACGAAAACAAAUGAGAUUGCUCGCCUUCUUGAUGAUUUGUGCGAGGGAUCAUGGGCGAACACUGUUCGUCGUGUAUCGUCUAGUUCACGCCGUCCCACCGAAGAGGCUAUCAUUGAGCGAAACAGCAAGAAGGAGAAAAAAAAGAUGGAGAAAAAUCGUAAGAAAGAACGUGCCCGAGAACAGCGAGCGUCUAUGACGUCUUCAUCUGUAUCAUCCUUGACAACAUCAUCAGCAACGAAACCUGCAAGGCGAAAACUGAAGCAACUGAGCGAUGACUCUAGCUCAGGAUCAUCAAGUGAUUCAGAAGAAGUCAUACAACCUGCACGAAAAGCAGUAGCCGUGGAAAAAAAGAAGGUGGAAGUGGUAAGCUUACGUCACUUCAUAUUUGCUUGGUGCACGUCUGCUAGCUGUGAACUUGUUUAG